AUGGAAGACCCACUUAGGGAGAUGGCUGAGUACAUGGAUUCCAGUCAAGAUGAGGUCUGGGAGAAGACCUCCUACAACAAACAAGUUACAUUUUUGGUAUACCGAGAAGGAGAGCAGUUGAAUUUCUUUCGUGUAGUAGAUAGGGGAGAUGGCACUUUAACACCAUUAUCUGAAUCCUUAAGUGGUGGUUCUGUGUAUAAUUUGUAUACUGAUGAGGAUGAAGAAAUUGAACCUUCUCCUUCUGGGCAACAGAUAAUUGAAAACUCAAUAACGAUGAACAAGAUGAAGCUGCUGAAGGCUAAGAUGGAGAACAUGAAUCUCAGCAAAAAGCCUAAGAAAGCUGUCAAGGUAAAACCUCGCCCACCUGUAACUCCUCGAUCUUCUAGUGGUUCCACGGCAGCUACUCGGCACAGAUUGUUACGAGUUCUCCCCCACAUUGGGCAGUCUUGUUUACCUUCUCCUGGGAAUGCCUGUCUGCCUGAAACACCCAGCAAUGCAAUUUCAAGUUUGACAGCCCUGCCCCCUGCUGAUAGACCCGUAUCAUCCAUAGCUGGUGAUUUCCUGAAGGAAGAUGCUAACUGGGAGAGUAACACGCAGCCUCAUUCCAACGGUAGCACCAAACUGUCACCUCAGACAACCCAUGUGGAGCUGGAAAAUGACAAAGAGUUUGCUGACUCUGUGCUUCAUCUUGGACCAUCCUUGCCAAGGCGGACAAAGCACUUUUCAGGAAAUUUGUCACCUAAUAAUGAGGAUGACACUGUUUUAUUUCCAGCUUCUGAAGAGUGUGUAACUGAAAAAUCACUUCUACCCGAAGUGGGUUCGUUUCCUUUGUUUUCAGAAGGAAAUAUUGAUGAACAGAGCAGUGGCUUAGAAGGCACACGGAAGGUCAAUCCUGACAAAGGGUUGAAAGCUACAGAGCAGCAUCUUAAACACGUUGCAAGAAUGUUGAGCGGUGAAUCAGUAGAGACUACAGUUCUCCACAACCGUGAAUUAAGUCCUCACAAGAGCAGACUCCUGUCACCUCUUCACUGUUCUACACCCAUGUCACUCCAUCAUUCCCUGGUGAAGCCACAGAGACAGUCGAAAUGUUUCGAGUCUCGGAAUCUCCAGUCUUCUGCUUCACAGAAUGUGCUCCGGUCAUUGGAUGUUCGAAAUAUAACGGACUCAUCUUUCUCUAGGACUACUCGCUUUCGAGCUGUAAAAGUUGAUUCACCUGGGAAAAGAUCUGAUAUUAUUUCUAAAGUUGAGGCUCGGGAUAUCACAGAAAUGGCUAACAAGGCUUCCAAAGAGCCUGUCGGUUGUGUAAAUAAUAUAGGUUUUCUUGCUUCGCUGGCCCGGAGCGCAAGCAGAGACGGGGCACAGAGCACACGUGGGGUGGGCAGGCUUCGGACCUCCGGAAUCGGGCUGUCUACAAACCUCCAGCAUUUUCAGGAAGAAUGCAUUAGGAAAAGUUCUCCCCAGUUAGAAUCUACAGAUUUUUAUCUAUCUGCCCGUGGUAUUGGAAUGAAUGGAAAUAAUGCAGCAGCAGGUAAAAGAGUAGGAGAAUGUACUCAUCUUCUCCCACCUGUGCAAGCCCCUAUUCAAACAAAGAAGAAAACAGCAAAACAUUGUUUUCUUUGUGGGAAGAAAACUGGACUGGCUACUAGCUACGAAUGCAGAUGUGGAAACAACUUCUGUGCAUCUCAUCGCUAUGCAGAAACUCAUGGCUGCACCUAUGAUUACAAGAGUGCAGGGAGGAGAUACUUGCAGGAGGCAAAUCCUGUGGUUAAUGCACCAAAACUUCCAAAAAUCUAA